ACUUCUCUCUUUUUGCGUCUGUUCUCUCUCAUCGUGCGAGAACCAAGCCCACAGAAUAACCAACUCAUAUAUCAUAUAUAACUAACUGUAAAAUACAACUUGCUGUGGAUCAAUUGCUUUUUCAAUUCGGCUACCCCCAUCUGUUUAUGUUGAGUUUGCUGCUGAAACUCUGAAACCUGGACCCUCACUUGCGCUGUCUUGUGCUUCUGCUGUUAUAAAUAGCUCUCCCCUGUCCCAGAUAGCUUUUCCGGGUUCCACAUCGGGGAAACGACAUCCCACAACCGAAACGAGACAAAAAAUACACCACGACCACAUUUCUCCAACGUCGCGAGCUGCGGCAUUCCACAUGCCUCCUCCCUAUUUCUAUACCUUAUAGGCGACCUCGAUAGCUCCAGAUCACCGCGUCAGUGAUCAAUUGGCGCCGUAUCUCCAAUUCGGUCGUUUCCCUUUCCCGACCCAAAACCAACACAAAACAGAAGCUAUACCGAAGCUGCUCGCGCGUCAUAUCUCCCGUUUGAACAGUUAGCUCCCUGUAGCUUGGCGGUUAACGCCAGGGCUGCUCUUUCUUUACAAUGGCGAGAGCUUACUCCAGCCAGCCCAAUUCAGUCUCUGAAGUCAAUGCCUGUGUUUCUACCAUUGAAGGCCGGCGGAUGACGAAGGUGAAGCCAACGCCGGAGACCAAUUUUCGACAAUGGGUGCUGCAGAACCAGAUAGGUAUCUGCGUCACUAUCCUCACAAUGAUAUUCGCCCUUCACAACCUCUACCCGUCGCUGAGGCCGUACACCUCCCCCUUCCUGCAAUUGCCGCACUACCAGCCUGAGAAGGGUACAUAUGUCCAGGGCUGGGAUGAUAUCUAUUUUGUUAUGGGGGGCGUUCUCGCUUUCACCGCCGUCCGAGCGAUUGCCAUCGAAUGGAUCUUCCAGCCCCUUGCCCGCAGAUACGGCUUGAAACACAAAGCCUCUGUCCGGCUGGCGGAGCAAGGCUGGAUUCUCGUUUAUUAUUUUGGCUUCUGGGCUUACGGAGUGUUCCUUUGGUACAAUUCUAAGUACUGGUAUAAUUUCCGCGAGAUAUGGACCGAUUGGCCCUCCAGAGAUAUCUCCGGUAUCUUCAAAUGGUACUGUCUGACGCAGCUGGCGUUCUGGUUCCAACAGAUCCUUGUUAUCAACAUUGAGGAGAGACGCAAAGAUUAUUGUCAGAUGCUGGUCCAUCACAUAGUCACAAGCACCCUUUUAGGGUCUGCUUACGUCUAUGGCUUUUAUAAUGUCGCCAACGUCGUCCUCUGCAUUAUGGACAUUGUCGAUUUUCUGCUGCCGGCCGCAAAAAUCCUCAAAUACCUCGGGUACGAACGUGCCUGCACGGCGGGCUUCAUAGUCUUCCUUGUCACUUGGGUAAUCUCCCGCCAUAUCGUCUACAAUCUCCUCUGGUGGUCUAUCUAUAUCAACGUCCCAGACGUUAUGCCCUACGGUUGCUACUCUGCAACUACAGCCGAGAUGAUUUCACCCGCUGCAAACGCCACCCUAGACGGCGCCGCAUCCAUUGACCUAAACAACUGGAGCCACCUCCUCCAGCCAUUCCGAGAUCUGGGCGGUCGCAUUUGCAUGAGUCCACGCGUCAAAUGGGUUUUCCUCUCUUUCCUGUUAUUCCUGCAGAUCCUCGCGAUUUUAUGGUUCACGAUGAUUCUACGUGUAGCUGUCAAGGUGCUGAAGAGUGGGUCGGCAGAGGAUUCGCGGAGUGAUGAUGAGGAAGAAGAUGAGGAAGAGGUGGAUUCGCAAAAUUUAAGGACGGAAGGGAAUGCUGGUGUUAGGGAUGGUGGUCGUGGGAAUGGCACGGCGAUCGUGUCUGGGAGUUCUGUCUCAUCCUCCGCGGGGCAAGGUCAUCAUCCCGUGCGAAUCAGGACCGGACGAGGUCGAGUUACCUUGAGUGAUCAGAAUGAUCGGAAAGCGCUGUUGGGACGGAUUGGGUGUGAUAAACCCACGUGA